AUGAAUCUAACUUCCGGAAAUACUAGUGGAAAUAGAGGAAGUGAAGGUGGUCAGUCCUCCAAUCUUGAGUCAAAUCCAACUGCGGAGCAAGCAGGAGGACAAUGGCAAUGCCAAAUGCCAUUACCAUUUCCCCUUGCGAUGUUCAGUUGCGACCAUUGGAAUAAACCCAACGUAAUAACAUGCGAAGCCCCGGAGAGAAACCCCUUCAACGAUGUUCACCUAAAGAACCCAGGGAGAGAUCUCGGAUGCGGUAGACAAAGGGUCGACGGAUUUUGGAGGCUGGGAACCCACGUCAAUAGAUUAAAUCUCUUUUAUAGAAAGAUAGAGCAGAUUCCUGACCUCGGCUGGGUUGUUUUGAAAGAUGGUAGGCGUGUUAACGGCAGGGAUGAGAGAUAG